AGGAAACCGAAAACGAGCUCCUCACGUACAUAACCGCACUGUUCACGUACCAGCCGAUACUGUGCCUAGUGGGCUUGGUCCAGACGGUGCUCAUGAUCGGCUCCUUCGUGGGCGGCUUCUUCUUUGUGCUCGCCCGCAUGGUGGGCGCGUUUGGCGGCCGCAAGGUGCAGAACAUCACCACAACGUACAUGCGCGUGCUGCACUUCUACACCGUCGUCAUGGUGCUCCUGCUUUCCUUGAACGCUGUCUCCAUCUUCUGGCUGUGGGGCAGCACCAACCACUUUUCCACCGCCGUGGAAAAGGGCGAAAAAAUCCUACAGCCAGGCGUCACCGACGUGCGGAGCUACAUCGUCGACACUAUCAAGAACCUGAAAAGCACUCUUGCCGAUCUAAAGUCAACGAGGGAACAAAUGUUCAGCCUCAUGACUUCUGGAAACCAGGAGUACCGGAAGAACAUCACUUAUCACGCUGACCGAGUGCUAACCGACUGCGGUCUUCCAACGCCAUCUGUACUCGCGUCGCUAAAGGACUGUACGUGACAGGAAUUUGAAGAUUCUAUUGCUCGGCGCUAAUUCAAAUUUCAAGCGUGGUUAUAGACAAGUUUUAGGGAGCUUAUUCGAUCAAAGGAUCUGUUUUUGUAUAAUAAACAUUAUCACAGUUUCGUCAUAAGGGCGAAACAACGAAUGCGGUAACAACAUGUUUGACUAUUACACGAAGUGUAAGACUCGUAGUUCUAAGGGCAGUGGGAAUUGAAGUAAACGUAAGUUAAGCAAGAACGAGCUGUUGUGCUAGGGGUCCUCCCUUUGAAAACUGCCAUCGGACAAUUUCAUUUGUUUAAUAAUUGACGACGACGUCUUUCUUUGUGACCUUACCGCCAAUUUUCCGUAUCGGGUAUGUUUCGAACCUCUCUUCUGAGCCGACCCCGGAGGUACUGCACAGCCGCACCAAUAAAAUUACAUC